GACGCGGACGAACAAAGGAAGUGGCCAUUGUCUCAUGACCGCUUCGUAACGACUACUACUCGGACAUAGACGAAGUUCUAGGUCGUCGUUGACGUGCACAGAGAGCUCCUUUUAAGCAGUGGAUGGUAUAUAUCAAAGCGACGUUGUUUCGCUGCUGAAUCUCUCAUGAUGGCCGAGAAACGGGAAACGAAGACCCCUGAGCUUCAUGAUCACUCCAGUGCUCUCCCCCCAGAGAUUCUCGCCAGGAUUCUCAAAUAUCUCGUGCUUUCAUCGGACUCGACGAAGCCCUACCAAUGGAUCACCACCACGCAUGUCUGUAUGCGCUGGAGGACUGUUGGACUCAACGACGCCACACUCUGGAGUCGCCUGCACGUAACUGCCUGCGACGACUGGGUCACAGAGCUGCUCAAGCGCUCCGGGCGUGCGGCGCUCGUUGUUUACGUAACACUUAAACCCUUUCAUCAAGACAGCAAGGACAACAGCACCGAUGAGGACAGAAUACGUGUCUUUAAAUCAGUAGCCAAGGAGCGCGCUCGCAUUGCCUCCCUCUCCAUUGCUGGGGAUCAGAAGAUAGCGAUGCAGCUCAUGAAGAUGCUGGACGGUCCCAUGCCCCGUCUCGCAGCGGUCACGGUGAAAGGCGACUGGAGGUCUCCUGCGGACCGGCAACGUUCGGGUUUUCUUCCCAUCUUGCGCUCCUGCGAUCUAAAGGGAGGCCUACGACGACUCGAGCUCGAAUCGUACAAUUUCCAAUGGACAGAUCUCAUUAUACAAUCGCUCAAACAUCUCAAGCUCGCAUGCAUACCUGAUGUUCGGAGAACAAGCCUUCAGGUGAUUCUUGGCACACUCGAGAAGCUUCCCCAGCUUGAGACUUUAGAGCUGUUGGGCCAGUUUAUCAGUCACAAUGCGCCGGUACCAACCAAGACGUUCACCCUUUCUUCUCUGCGCGCGCUAUCCAUCGAAAUUCCUGUCGACCUGUGUCUCCAGCUGUUUGAAUGUGCACUCUUCCCGAACCUGUCUGAAAUCAGCCUCAUUGCCGAAUGCAAAUCAGAUCCUGACACGGUUUCUACGCGCCUCUCGACAAUCCUGCCAGCAUCCAUUAUGUCCUCGUUGUACUCACUCCGCAUACAUGAGCAUGAAUCUUCCGGCACACGGUCCCAGCUCCGCGCAAGCUUCUAUCGAAAGAACACUGCUGAGAUCACGCGGUCAACGGCGCGUAGCAUCGCGAUCGACUUCGGACGUAACUGCGAAGCCGCAGUCAAGCGGCUUGUGUCAUUCAUGAACCACUUCGACGCAAGCGGACUGCGGAAAGUCGAAGUUGACGACGUCGGCAUCUGCUGGGCGACCAACUGGCGGUCGCUCCUCGCCAACAUGGCGAACGUGCGUGAUCUGCGCAUCUCAGAGGAUAUAGAUGCGCCGUCUUACCUCGAUGCACUCAAGCCCCAAGCCCGACAACACGUCCUGCCUCUUCCCCGCCUGCGUACACUUCGCCUGGACAAGAUCCGUCUGUCUGACUGGAAAUCGGUGCGCUGGGACAGGGAAGAUAGCUCAUCAGACACAGAUUACAAAGGGCAUGCUGGCAUCGACGAGUUCUGCGUGUGCAUGAUCGAGCGAUAUGAGUGCGGGGCCGGGAUCCGCAAACUGUAUGUGACAGACUGCGUGAAUUUCGACCAAGAAGAUGUCGACUUGCUGAGCGAGGUAGUGCCGGACGUGGAGUGGGAUGGGCAGGUUGUAUUUGACUCCGGCUGUGACCAGAUCAACUGGUAUGAUGGGCAUACGUCAUACGAAAUCGUUGGUGGCGUUUUUCCUCGCUAGAAUGUUGGACACCUCUAUUAUAAUGUAACCCAGCUGGCGACUGUCACAAAGGAGCAGGACAUGAUAGUGGAUUCUUCUUGAUAGCAUGUUACUUCUGAUGAAUUAUACGACCAUUAACAGCAC